AAGAUGAGCGAGAAAAUAAGUGUCCUUAGGUUCAAACGGAAGCAGCCAAAUGAUUCGCCCUUCAGUUUGGUGGUGCAGGCAAAGAAGCCAAAAAUUGACGGAUUGGAUGACAAUCAGCAUAUAAUUUUCAAAUAUGCCGGUAGAGUUAAUAGUGAUUGCGAGAUAGAAUCAACUUUAAAGAAGCUUGCUGUCCCUGUUGUACGAAAGAAGCGGCCAUUAGUAAAACAAGAAACCGAUGAAAAUAAAAACUUAUCGCGGAAAGAUAGCUCUCGUAGCUCAUUCAGAUCAGUCUCAGUUUCGAAAAAAGUGAAAAUUGGCGAAGAUAUUCAACUUUUAGAGGUUGAUGAGAGUCCACCCGCAUUUGAAGAGCAAUGUGCUUCAACUGACAGCUCAGAUUUACUUACUUGUAAUGGAUUGAAGCUAGUUAGAAAUAAAUUAAACAUCAAUGAGCCAUCAAGCAGUACUGCCUGCUAUAACUCGGACGGCGAUGAUCUUUACGACCUUUAUUACCACUGCUGGACAACAGAUGAAUUGGAUACCACUUUUGAUCCUUUGGAUAUUAUUUAUGUCGCCCCGAAUAACUUGGAGGAAAGAAUAUCUGACUCUGACGAAAAUGAAAACUUCGAAGACAGUGAUAGUAAUGAUGAAGACCACUGGAAAAAUGACUACCCUGACUCUCCUGAUAGUGUUGGUAGCUCCGAUGGCGGGUCUGUUUCAUCAGAGAAUAGCUUCUCGCAUAAUAACAGGGCAUAUCGAAAUUGGAAAGCUGAUGGCGGAAUUUUUGUCAGCCACCAGGAUAACAUGCAGUAUGGCUUUUAUAACGACGACCCUACCGAAUUUUUUGAAAGAUAUUCUGAUCACGUGCAGUCGGAUCACUCACUUUCGGACUAAUUGUUAUUAUUUUUCAAAUAUAUCCCUUUAAGUUUUUAUCACCUGCAUCUUUCUCGCGCGAUUAUUUUGUUUUCAUGUCUCUGUGUGUAUCAAUAAAAAUUUAAUCCAAGAAUUUUAUUAUAGAAAAAAGCUGAACAAAGAAGUGAGAAAUUAUGUCAAAAAAUACAAAGUGUUUGAGUUUAUUUUCAGACAAUACGUUACAAUGACGAUUUUAUUCAGGAAUGUAAUUAUGAAACUUCUUGAGAAAGUGAAAGACGAAGAAAUUGAGUUCUCAGCCGAUGCUUUUUAUAAAAACGAAAACGAGUUCUGUUGCCGAAGCUUAGACGCAGAACUGAGGAACCAUAUUUUAUGUGUAUCUAAUUUCCAAGCACUUUUGCAUAACCCUGGAAGGCUAGCCGACCUUUAUAAGCAAGUCUGUAAAGGCUUAAACGACGACGAAACUCUGCAUUUGUGUCUGUUUACUGACCUAAGUUUAGAUGAAUUAGAAUUGACAUUCAAGCAGCGACAGUCUAUCUCAAAGUUAACUCUCGAGUUUGUAAGAGUAUGUAAGCAAUCACUUACUGACACCGAACUUAGUUCUCUUAUGGAGAAAUGCCUGAUUGGUUCUCUGGAGCUGUUUGUGAUAGUUUUGUCGAAAAAUGGGCCGAAGAUGUGUCAGCGCCAAAUUGAGCUUGCUCUGGGAAAUUAUUCGACGCAACUUGAUUGUUUAGUAACUUUAGCUGCAUGCUUAAGGGUGAGCAAAGAAAGGAACUUUUUUGUUAAUUUUUGCAAUAUUGACGAUAUAUUGUACCCUGAAACAUCAGCCCUAUUGAAACAAGUCCUGGAAGGAGUGUUAAUUGGCCUGCCUAGCUGGGUAAAUGUUGUUGUUUUUGCUGCCACUGAAAAUGCUUCAGUUCUCUCAACCUUGAGAGAGGACAUUCAGCCUUUUCAUUUCCACGCGUACAAGCUCUCAUCAGUGGGAGAUGUGAAGUGCUGCAAAAAUCUAGAAUUGUCAGAUGUUUUGAAGUGCUUUGAAGGAAACAGAAAAGCUUGCCUUGUCGCAGAUUACGGGUUGAUAUCUAUUGGAUCAAGUAUAGAUGAUGCGAUAGAAAACUGUAAAGCCCUUGAACAGCUGUGUAAAUGGUACUUAAAACUCCCUAGGAUCCCAAAAACUACAACUGUUGGAACCAGCGAUAGCUUCAAUGGACAAAUGAUGGAAAUCGGAGAUUCAACUCAUAUUGAGUUAAGUGAAAUAAAUGCACUUGACAGUUCAGCUUGUAACAGGCAAAACAACUCAACUUGUAAUGGUGUUAAACCUCGAAAUGAUGUGACUCUGAGUCAAGUUGAUGAAGUUAAGCAAGGGAGAGUUUUGAAUUCAGACAGCCGAGACAGCGAAGCAGUGUUGCAAGCCGAAGAUGGAUUAGGCUUUUAUUCUAACAGUUUAGUGGGAUCAUUUGAGUUGGAAGUCGUACCAGAUAUAACUUCUUGUCAGAAUAUUUUUCCGGUUGAAAUUGACGAAGGAAGUCAUUCGAGUGAGCUUGUUAAACCAUCGAAAAAAGUCAGAAAGGAUAAAGUAGGGAUUAACAAAAAGAAACUAAGUAAAACUGUAAAACAGAUAGAUCAGAGGACUUUCGAUCACAUGUAUUCAAGUGCUUACAAAAAAUCUAGAAUGACUGCUUUGUAAUUAUGCAAUAGAUUUGCAAUUUUUGAGUUUCGAGGAUUUGUAAAUUAUGUUUUAGGAAAAUUUUAUAGCGCUGUUUUAAAUUUGGAGAUCAGAAAUUACUGGCAAAAGGGCUUCUGGAUUUUGGGAAUUUUUCUUGGUGAUUGCAUUGGUUAUUUAUAGGAAGUUUCUGGCAUAGAUUUAAGACUUUUAGUAUCAUAAAAUCAUGACAAAGAUGACAAAAUAUACUUUUCCAGUUUAUUUGAGAACAAAAAACAAAGCUUUUUAACAUUGCGCUGUUUUAUAUCUUAUCCAAUUUUGUAAUCAAACAGAAAUUUGCAAUUAUGAAAGUUCAGAUAACAGAGUGAAAUUUAUUUUCAAUAUUUA